CUGAAAGUGAUUUUUAGCCCACGGUCACUGGAAUUUUUCCAUAGCUGAAACGGUCAAGAGAUUCACUCUCCUAGUGAAACAAUCUGCGUUGAGUUGUCUCUGAAGAUCUCGUUUGUUACCUCUUCUUCCCGUCCACCAAGACACCGACGCAUAAUCCAAGCAACCGUUAGGUAAUCGAGCGCGGCGAGCGAUCCACUGAACGACAUCUGCCCGGCAUACAGCCGAAGGGAAUCCGGGCAUCUUCAAGCAACAGCUGCCCGGCUGGGUUCAAGGUUGGCAUAUCGUGUCCAGGUGCCGCUUCUGCAGCACCCGCCUACCAUCCAGAGCCACCACAGGCGCCGGGUCUCUUCCUCCAACAGCAGCCUGCGCGCCCUGCACCCCAACCCGAAACUCGGACGUCUCCAAGACACACCGGGUCCUUGGUCCCCUUUGUCCCAUCCCCAUCCGUCCACAUCCCCUUCUUGGACGACCAGAUCCUCUCGGUUGUACCGCACGAGCACAUUCAGUAUUCGACAGUACACGCAGUCUGCCUUCUUUGGGUAGAGCCUAACUACCACGGACACCCAUCCGACCGUACGCAGCGCAGCCACCAAGGCCAGCCAGCCCACCGUAACCACCAACCGCUACGUACCGACGUACCGUAUCUCGAGUCAGGCGGCCCUCCGUUGCAACGUGGAUUCAGCCGUCACUUUGUCAGUCCGUCCGUCAGCCUCUGGCUUGGGCCCUUGAGCCUCCACGGCAAGGAAGCCCAGCUACCCCCCUACACCCCUGCGCGAUAUCACCAGAGGGCCCAUAGUGCCACCUGGUGAAGUCGCAAAUCCGCAAAGCUGGCGACCCUUUCCCCCAACGGCAACGGGACCUCGUCCUCCUACAGCGACCCUCCGGCCCGCUCCCAUCACCGAAGACGGUCGUCCGCCGUUAACCCUCCCAGCGAACUCCGAUUGGACAAUCGCCGAUCUCCCUCGGGCCUCCUCCUUGGGGUUGAGCCCCAUCACGGCAACUACGACCCCAACAGCCUCUCGCCCAUCCCGGGCACCCCGAUCACUGCAAUGUCGCUGUCCCGCAGUCCUUCUCCCGUUCCCGGUGGUGGCUGGGCAAGUCCAGGCCUUACAAACAACCUCAGCCCGAGCGGUCGAUCGAGUCCUACCAAGGCCUACGCCGGAUCCAACGGGACGCCCGUCAUGUGGGAAAGGCAAAAAAACAUGGGCGGCGCCGCAUACCAGUCCUUCUCGACACAGAACCAGGGCUUCUUUAGCCGCCACAUGCGUCGGAUAUCAAGUUCGCUGCCCCGAUUCAAGGCCGACAACACCCAUGGCGCCGAGAGAGAGAAGAUUGGCCAAGGUCGAUGGAACAUGCCACGACUCGGCAGGAUACGAGGCAUCACGGGGAGGAUGAGCAGGAGGACCAAGAUGCUGCUAGCCUUUGCCCUCUUGUUCCUGCUCGGAUACAUCAUCUUUUACAGCACUCCUCUGGUUUACUACUACCGAAGAACAUCAUGGCUUGGUGGGGGUCAAAAGUUUGUCAUCAUUCUAGCUGCCAACGUUGGCGGUGGUGUCAUGGAGUGGAAGGGCGCCAGGGAAUGGGCAAUCGAGAGGGACUCGAUUCGCAACAAGAAGAAAUACGUUGCCAAGUGGGGAUACGAUCUCGAGAUUGUCGACAUGAGCACAAAGAAACGCUAUGCGCAUGAAUGGCGCGAGAGCUGGGAAAAGGUUGAUUUCAUCCGCUCCACUCUGCGAAAGUAUCCCAAGGCAGAAUGGGUUUGGUGGCUUGACCUCAACACCUUCAUUAUGGAGCCAUCGAAGUCUCUGCAGGACCAUAUUUUCGACCACAUCGAGGAUGUCACCUACCGCGACAUCAAUGAGUACAAUCCGUUGAACAUCUCUCACCCCCCGGCCGACCCUUACCUCGACGAACUCUCGAAAAGUCCGAUUGGAGAUGGCAACCCGAACUCGAUUCACCUCAUGUUGUCGCAGGAUUGCUCUGGAUUCAAUUUGGGUUCCUUCUUCAUGCGCCGCGGCACUUGGACGGAUCAUUUACUUGAUGUUUGGUGGGAUCCUGUGGCAUACGAACAGAAGCACAUGGAGUGGGAACACAAGGAGCAAGAUGCCUUGGAGCAGCUUUACACUGCGCAACCUUGGAUUCGGAAGAGUACGGCCUUCCUUCCGCAGCGCAUGAUCAACAGUUUCCCUACAGGCGCCUGCUCUGAAAAGGGCACUGAUCCGCGCAUACAUUACGACCAGAAGGAUCGGGAUUUCCUGGUCAACAUGGCCGGAUGUGAAUGGGGCCGAGACUGCUGGGGUGAGAUGUACAACUUCCGCGAGCUGAGCUAUCACCUCAACCGGUCGUUGUGGGAACGAUUCAAGGAGGACCUCCUUUGCUGGAUCUGGUUCAAGUUGACCGGAAAGAAGGUCAAGUUCUAAAACACAUCACCUACAGUCUUGAAACCCUGAUGCGAACGACACGAUACUCACGACGUUUCUAUUCGAUCGCUCGAAGUUAAUGUUGUGUUGAGCCCUCCACGGUACGCCGCCAGCAACUAGAGGCGGUUUGGCCGACAAAUGGCGACACUACGUCUAUAAUCAAGUUACUUUCCAUGUUGUCUUUAUAUAAUUCUGUAUACCCCAAUUUUGUAUACGCCUAUUACAUCAAAAUGAGGGAUGUUUGAGAAAGGAGGUUCUCUAUUUCAUUGCUGGAAAAAGAAAAUAUUCAUGAUAAUGUUUGGUUCCCCGAUCGGAAAUGGCGGGGCCCUUUUCUCUUCUCGAUUCUGUUCCCAUUGCACUUCGAGUCACUCACCUGAGUCCUACUAGCCGGUGGGCAAUUUGAAUUAUGGGGUGUGGCUUCUCAUCUUAGACUUAUGUAUGGGGACGAAUAAUGAUUGUCAUGUCCAACGCCAAGUCUUCCUUGUGUUUCUAUUCCGAAGUCUUCACGCAGGCUGGGUGAAGGGAAAGUGGUGGCACCAAGAGUUACGUACGGACUUUACUGUGGCUACACAUAUAUCGCAUUUGUACAAAGUAGACGAACAUACGUCAGCAGCUGUCACUCCUAGGUAUGGCAAAGGGAUCGAGCAUCAGCGACGUGUAGUAGAGGCAUAUCAAGGCGCAUUGGCUCAAUCUAUAAACAGCACUUGCUGUCUCUUACAUGGGUGAAUGGGCUCAGCGAACAGGAACCAGACAGAUACGGC